AGGAAGGCUGCAUGGAACUCCAUCCUGGUUUUGGCAAGUGUAGCAGCUGGCCACGAAGACAAUGCAGAGCAUGCUAACUGCUAAACGUGCCCGGGUUUAAGAGUGAUCCUACAGUGGAAAAUGGGGAAUUCGGAAAGCCAGUACAGUCUUCAGGGAUCGAAAAAUCAUGCUGCUGCUACAGCUGGUGCCAAGCAGAAGCCUUGCUCUCUGAAAAUUCGCAGCAUUCAUGCUAAAGAUGAGAAGUCUUGCUCUAUGCAUGGAUGGGGACAUACCAGUAGUGGCUCAAACUACAAAUCGAGGUCCCUUGCCAGAAGCUGCCUUUCGCACUUCAAGACUAGUCAGCCUUAUUCAUCCAGACUUGGUGACACUGUGGUGAAGGUCUCUAAAAGCAAUGCCCAUGCCAAACACAGGACAAACGCCUCAGGGGACUACUGCCAAGGAAAUAAUGCGGUGUUUUUGCCCGAGAAUGGUUUCCACUAUAUUGGCCUUCAAGCUGGAAGUCAUCACGCUGCCUCUCGAGAAUGCAAUGGACACAUUUUAAAUUGCUACAGCAAGAAUGAGAGUCUUGCAUCAACCUCCCCAUCAGAGGACAGGAGGAGUCCAAAAGUUCUCAUUAAAACACUGGGGAAGUUGGACGGUUGCUUGAGGGUCGAGUUCCACAACAGCAGCAACAGCAAGGUACCAACUGAGGAAUCCAGUGGACCGGUCCAAUUGCUGAGGUAUUCGCCUGCCUUGGAAUCUAAGCCAAAUAACCUGCUUGAUGUCAGGAGGAACUCCAGCGCAGACUGUUCUUCAAGCCAUCGUCUGUCACCUACUGACUCAAGGCUUCGAUCUAGUAAAGGCAGCUCCCUCAGCUCUGAGUCUUCAUGGUAUGACUCUCUCUGGGGAAAUGCUGGGGACAUCAAUGAGUUGGAUGGUCCAUAUUUGACCAGGAGCACUCCAGAUACAAGCAUUCAUGCCAGUUUCCCAGCAAGCGACAACAAGAAGUCCUUCAACCAAAGUUCAUCUCUUUCCUCACUCCGAGAUCUCUAUAAGGAUACAAAUUUGGAAAGCACUCCUCCACCUGGGAUCAGGCUGUCUGAUGAGUAUAUUGACACUCACGGCAGCCUAAGCAACCGUGUCUCAUUUGCCUCAGACAUUGAUGUUCCCUCCAGGGUAGAGCAGGGAAGUCCUGCACAUUACUCCUCGUACACACUCCCAUGCAGAAAGUCAAAGCCCCUCGGUGAGGAUGCAUCCAAGAAGGAUACGUUAAAAAACCGAAUGCGACGCAUCAGUGACUGGACGGGAAGUCUCUCAAGGAAGAAAAGGAAGCUCCAGGAGCCAAAAUGUAAAGAUGGGAGUGAAUACUUUGACAGCAGAAUGGACAACUUCACCACAGACACGCUGGCACCGUCGCAGCUCUCUGCUUUGCUGUGGUCACCUGGCUCCAGCCACGUCCUGUCCCAGAGAAGCGAGUCCACCAACGCCGUCAGCAGCGAUGCCCUGAGGCAAAACAUUUAUGAAAACUUCAUGCGGGAGCUGGAGAUGAGCAGGACGAAUCUGGAAAACACCGAGACCUCGUCGGAAACUGAGGACUCCAGCGGCGAGUCCCUCAGCUCCUUGGAGCAGCUGGAUUUGUUGUAUGAGAAAGAGCAAGGAGUGGUGCGCAAGGCAGGGUGGCUGUUCUUCAAACCCCUUGUGACCCUGCAGAAGGAGAAGAAGCUGGAGCUGGUCACGCGGCGGAAGUGGAAGCAGUACUGGGUCACUCUCAAAGGUUGUACUCUGCUGUUUUAUGAGACCUAUGGAAGGAACUCGAUGGAGCAGAGCAGUUUGCCUCGAUACGCCCUGUUUGCAGAAGACAGUAUAGUUCAGUCUGUUCCAGAACAUCCCAAGAAAGAAAACGUGUUCUGUCUCAGCAAUUCUUUUGGAGAUGUCUACCUAUUUCAGGCGACAAGCCAGACGGAUCUGGAAAACUGGGUUACUGCCAUACAUUCGGCCUGUGCUUCCCUCUUUGCGAAGAAGCUUGGGAAAGAGGACACCGUCAGGCUGCUGAAGAAUCAAACCAAGAGUCUCUUCCAGAAGAUUGACAUGGAUGGCAAGAUGAAAAAGAUGGCAGAAUUGCAGCUCUCAAUCGUUAGCGAUCCAAAAAACAGGAAGGCCAUAGAGAAUCAGAUCCAGCAAUGGGAACAGAACCUGGAAAAGUUUAACAUGGACCUUUUCCGAAUGCGAUGUUACCUAGCCAGUUUGCAAGGUGGGGAGCUCCCAAACCCAAAGAGCCUUUUGGCUGCUGCCAGUCGUCCUUCAAAAUUGGCACUGGGGCGGCUCGGCAUUUUCUCCGUCUCAUCCUUCCAUGCACUGAUCUGCUCCAGGGAUGAAGCUGCUCUCAGGAAACGUACCCUUUCUCUGUCACAAAGAGUCCGAAAUAAGAAGGGUUUAUUUUCUUCGCUAAAAGGACUGGACACAUUGGCAAGAAAAGGAAAAGAAAAGCGACCUUCCAUAACUCAGAUUUUUGAUUCAGCUGGAGGACAUGGAUUUGCCGGUGUCCAGAAUUCAGCCAACUCUGCUGAGCAGCAAGUCGAUGACUUUUUGAAUGUCUACUGCUCAGUGCCAGAGAGCAUCCAGAAGGAGAGUGCAUGGGAGACACAAACGUACGUUCACUUCUGUGACGGCCAAGGAGUGGCCCUGACCCUCAAGCCAGAGCACAGGGUGGAAGAUGUUUUGUCUUUGGCAUGCAAGAUGAAACAGCUGGAGCCAAGACACUAUGGCCUACAACUCAGAAGACUGGUUGAUGAAAAUACGGAGUAUUGUGCUCCUGAACCGUACGAAUACAUAGUAGACCAGGUGUAUGAUGAAAUAGAAAUUUGUCCAUUAAAUGUUUAUCACGUUCGUCUUACAAAGACUGAAAACAUAAGUGAUUUUGGCUUUGCUGUCACAGCACAAGUUGAUGAAAAUCAGCAUCUCACCCGUAUAUUUGUAAGUGAUGUUCUCCCUGAUGGACUGGCAUACAAGGAAGGGCUCCGAGUAGGCAAUGAAAUCCUGAGUAUAAAUGGAGAGGCUGUGUCUGAUCUUGAACUCAGACAGAUGGAGUUAUCGUUUUCAGAGAGGAGCGUAAUGCUGUCUCUGAGAAUGAACCAUUACGGGACCCAGCAACCCUUAUGUGCGUCCUGGUCAGAUGGUGACAUUUCCAGGGACCCAAAGACUUUGUUGCCUCCUCCAAACCAGUCACAGCUCCUGGAAGAGUUUCUAGAUAACUUCAAAAAGAACACAGCAAAUGACUUUAGUAAUGUGCCUGAUGUCACAUCCAGCUUGAAAAGGAGCAGUACUGAUGGCACUCUGGACCAAGUGCCACACAGGGAGAAGACUGAUCCACCUUUCAGGAGUGCAGAACAGAUCAGUGCGUUGUGCCGAAACUUCCAAGAAGUCCAGGCAAGCGGUAUGGAAGGACAGAAGGACAACCAGGAUCCACCUCCACGGCCACUGGCUCGCCACCUUUCUGACGCAGACAGAUUAAGGAAAGUCAUCCAAGAACUUAUGGACACUGAGAAAUCCUACGUCAAGGACUUGAGCUGCCUCUUUGAGCUGUACUUGGAGCCCCUUCAAAAUGAAACCUUCCUUACCCAGGAUGAGAUGGAGUCCUUGUUCGGCAGUCUGCCAGAAAUGCUGGAUUUCCAGAAGGUGUUUUUGGAGACCCUUGAAGAUGGAAUAACUUCUUCCUCAGAUUUUAAUACACUAGAAACACCAUCUCAGUUCCGGAAAUUGCUGUUUUCCCUUGGAGGCUCCUUCCUGUAUUAUGCUGACCACUUUAAACUGUACAGCGGCUUCUGCGCAAACCACAUCAAAGUUCAGAAAGUUCUCGAGAGAGCCAAAACAGAUAGUGCCUUUAAGGCCUUUCUGGACGCUCGAAAUCCCACAAAGCAACACUCUUCUACACUGGAGUCGUAUCUCAUAAAGCCUGUUCAGAGAGUGCUAAAGUAUCCUCUGCUUUUAAAAGAGCUGGUGUCUCUGACAGAUAACGAGAGUGAGGAGCACUAUCAUUUGACAGAAGCGCUGAAGGCAAUGGAAAAAGUAGCAAGUCACAUCAACGAGAUGCAGAAGAUAUAUGAAGAUUAUGGCACUGUAUUUGACCAACUGGUUGCAGAUCAGAGCGGAACAGAGAAGGAGGUGACAGAGCUUUCAAUGGGAGAACUUCUGAUGCACUCAACAGUUUCCUGGCUGAAUCCUUUCCCAUCACUGGGCAAAGCAAGAAAAGACCUUGAGCUUACAGUGUUUGUUUUUAAGAGGGCUGUAAUACUGGUGUAUAAGGAGAAUUACAAACUGAAAAAGAAAAUGCCUACUAAUGCUCGUGCGGCACAUAAUUAUGGUGACUUGGAUCCAUUUAAAUUUCGUUGGCUGAUUCCUUUAUCUGCUCUUCAAGUCCGACUGGGGAACACAGCAGGGACAGAGAACAGCUGUGUCUGGGAACUGAUUCACACCAAGUCAGAACUAGAAGGCAGGCCAGAAACAAUUUUUCAAUUGUGCAGCAGUGACUGUGAGAACAAGACUAACAUCGUGAAGGUGAUCCGUUCUAUUUUGCGGGAGAAUUUCAGACGUCACAUAAAAUGUGAGCUACCGCUGGAGAAAACCUGUAAAGAUCGUCUUGUCCCACUCAAGAACCGUGUACCUGCAACAGCCAAACUGGCUUCCACGAGGUCCUUGAAGGUACUGAAGAAUUCAUCCAGUAGCGAAUGGAACGGUGACCCGGGGAAGGGCACCUUCCAGGACUCCGAUGAGUGCAGCCUGAGCAGCAGUACGCAGAGCAGCAGCUGCCACACUGCCGAGAGCAUACAGGAGCCCAAAAACUCAUCUCCCGAUAAACACAUACAGAGCUGCGCAGCUGACUUCUCUAACGUUCUUGUCAAAGAAUCUGAUAUCCUCAGUGAUGAUGACGACGACGAUGACUAUCAGAGCCUAAAGAAGGGCAGCCCUACGAAAGACAUUGAGAUACAGUUCCAACGGCUGAAGAUUUCGGAGGAACCAAGUACUGACUCUGAACGGGAUCAGGCUGCUGAAAAUGAGGAAGGAGAUGGCUUCCAGGAGACAGGAGAGCAUCCAAAACUGGUGCGUGGCCAUUUCUGCCCAGUGAAGAGAAAAGUAAACAGCACGAAGCGUAACAGAGGAACUUUAAUGGCGAUGCAAGAACGUCACCAGUCCCUCGACAGUCACUCUGAUGCUGCAAACCUGGAUCUGAACUCUAUUUUAGAGAGAGAAUUUAGCGUCCAGAGUUUAACAUCUGUAGUUAAUGAGGACUGUUUUUAUGAAGCUGUGGAGAGGCAUGGGAAAUCCUAGCUUUCUAAGCACU